GCAGCUAUCACACUCCACACACACGGAAUCUACUAUCUCAUCUGCAUCGGAGGUGACGGUGCACUCACAGGAAUCGGAAUCUUCAGAGACGAAUGGGAGUCAUUGACUGCAGAACUUUUGAAAGAAGGUAAAAUAACAAAAGAUCAAGCUGAAAAAGGAAAAAGUUUGUAUGUUGUUGGCAUAGCAGGAACGAUAGACAAUGACUUUAUCGGAACUGAUCGCACAAUUGGUUUCGAUUCCGCUAUGGCGCGAGUGGUUGAAUGUGUGGACGGUCUAACUUCUACUGCGGACAGUUUGCAGCGUACUUUCGUUGUUGAGGUUAUGAGCAAAGAGUGCGGCGCCAUUGCGAUCACUUCCGCCAUAGCCCUGGAAGCAGAUUUCGUCUUCAUCCCUGAAGUGCCGCCAACGCAAGAUUGGCCUGAAGUGUUGUGCGGUCAUCUUCGGAAGAAGCGUAAGGUGGUGACAUUCCAUUUCACUAACAAAUGGUCAUAA